AUGGUCACCAACGAGGCCCUUCAGUGCAAAGGAAUUGUCCAUUUGCUUCUAUACUUUGGAUGGACCUGGGUUGGGAUUUUUGUGAUGGAUGAUAAUAGCGGAGAACAUUUCCUGCAAACCAUGGAGUCUCUGCUUUCUGAGAAUGGAAUUUGUUCCUCCUUCACACAAAAGAUCCCACAUCAACCAAAUAUGAGUAACUUCCAAGGAAUGCUUAUUAUAGCCGUAAAUAUUUGUGAAGCUUUUACAGAUGAUAAAACCAAUACUAUUGUCAUCUAUGGGGAAUGUUUAACCAUUUCUUGGCUGAGAAUUGUUAUGUUCAUUAUGGGUCCUAGAAAUCAGAAUUAUUCAUCAUUUAGAAAAGUGUGGAUCUUGACAGCCCAAAUUGAUUUAAUAUUAACUGGUGUUCAAAAGGGGUGGGAUCUUGAGUUGUUCCAUGGUUCUAUUUCCUUUUCCAUUCAUGCAAAAGAUAACUUAGAGUUCAAGGAAUAUCUGCAAGCCAUCACUCCUUCCUCUACUGAAGGAGAUGGUUUUAUCCAGGACAUCUGGAAACAAGCCUUUGACUGCAUUUUGCCCAAUUCCAGUGAGCAAACAAAAGAAAAUGAAAGGUGCAGUGGCGAAGAGAGGCUGGAAAAUCUUCCUAGACCUCAGUUUGAAUUGGACAUGACUGGUCAUAGUUACAGUAUCUAUAAUGCUGUCUAUACAUUAGCUCAUUCUUUGCAUGCCAUGUACUCCCAUAGAUUGAACAAUAACAAAAAGAUGAAGCAGAAAUAUAUUGAACACCAACAAUUCCAUCCUUGGCAGUUCCAUCCGAUUCUUCAAGGUAUUUCAUUCAACAAUUCAGCUGCAGAAAGUGUGUCUUUCAAUAAUAAAAGGGAAAUGGAGAGUGGAUUUGACAUCCUUAACAUGAUCACAUUCCCAAACACAUCUUUCCAGAGAGUGAAAGUGGGAAAGCUGGAUCCAGAUGCUCCAGAAGGAAAAGAGCUUCUGAUUAAUGAAAACCUGAUUAUGUGGCACAGAGGAUUUAAUGAGGUCCUGCCCCUUUCUGUGUGUAAUGAACAUUGCUAUCGGGGAAAUCAGAAAAAAGGGAGGGAAGGAGAAAAAUUUUGUUGCUAUGAUUGUGUUCCCUGCCCAGAAGGGAAGAUCUCAAACCAGAAAGAUAUGAAUGACUGUUUUAAAUGCUCAGAAGAAGAAUACCCAAGCAAGGAGCAAGAUCGAUGUCUUCCCAAAAGAAGAAACUUUCUCUCAUAUGAAGAAGCUUUAGGCAUCACUUUCACUUCCCUUGCACUUUUCUUGUCCCUCAUCAAUGCUGCAGUGUUAGGAAUUUUCAUAAAGCAAAGAGAUACUCCCAUUGUUAAAGCCAACAACCGGGACCUCACUUACACUCUCCUUAUCUCACUUCUUUUCUGUUUCCUCUGUCCUCUGAUGUUCCUUGGCCAACCAAGGAAAGGCACCUGCCUUCUCCGGCAACCAGCUUUUGGGAUUGUCUUCUCUGGGGCUAUUUCCUGUGUGUUAGCCAAAACCACCCUCGUCUCUCUUGCCUUCAUGGCCACAAAACCCAGGUCAACCGCAAAGAAAUGGAUAGGGAAAAAAUUGGCCUUUUCCAUUGUCAUUUCCUGCUCUGUCAUUCAAAUAGGCAUUUGUCUGAUGUGGUUAGCAACCUCUCCCCCAUUCCCUGAUUUAGAUAUGCACUUGGUAAUUGAGGAAACCAUUGUGCAGUGUAAUGAAGGGUCUCCCACCAUGUUCUAUCUUGUCCUGGGCUACAUGGGCCUCUUGGCCAUUGCCAGUUUCAUUGUGGCCUUCCAUGCUCGAAAAUUACCUGACAGUUUCAAUGAAGCCAAGUUCAUCACCUUCAGCAUGUUAGUGUUCUGCAGUGUUUGGAUAUCCUUUGUUCCAACCUACUUGAGCUCCAAGGGGAAAGACAUGGUGGCUGUGGAGGUCUUCUCUAUUUUGACCUCCAGUGCUGGGUUACUGGCAUGCAUCUUUUUUCCUAAAUGCUACAUCAUUGUGCUGAAACCUCAUUUGAAUGACAGAGAGCAAUUAAUUAGGAGAAAAAAAUAA